AUGUGUGUUGUGAAGAGGUUUGGUGUCUGCGGGAAGCUAAGUCCCCGGUAUGUCGGACCAUUUGAGAUUUUGGAGCACGUCGGUGCGGUGGCCUACAAGCUUGCAUUACCACCGAGGCUUGCGGGAGUACACAACGUGUUUCACAUAUCAAAUCUCCGCAAGUAUAUCCGCAAUUCGACGCAUGUGUUGGAGUAUGAACCGGUGGAAUUGAAUGAGGACAUGACUUAUGAGGAGUACCCGAUUUGUAUACUAGAUCGAGAGGAAAAGAAGUUGCAGAAUCGCACAAUUCCUUAUGUCAAGGUCCAGUGGAGCAAUCAUGCGGUGCGUGAGGCCACUUGGGAACUUGAGGAAAUCAUGAGGAAGAUGUAUCCUCACUUGUUCGAGUCGACAAGCUAA